AUGUGUUCUUCUAAGUUCUUCAGUUAUCUCCUCAUUAUAGCUUUCCUUCUAAACAAUACAAUAGCCGAGGAUUCUCAGGACAGUUUCCAUGAAUAUGAGAGAGACGCACUUUUGGCUCUCAAGAAGGGAUUCAACAACUCAUUUCUUGAUGGAAACUGGUCUGGCAUUCAGUGCUAUAUAAAUAGCACCACUAAUUGGUUUGGAAUCCAGUGUAUCGAUGGUCAAGUCACCGGGGUAAGUUUGGAAAACAUGGGGCUCAUUGGAAAAAUUGAGCCUGAUGCACUAGUCAAUCUUGCUGAGUUAUCAGUCCUUAGUUUCAAGAACAAUUCCAUAUCAGGGAAUUUGAUGGACUUUUCAUAUGAUUCGAAACUGAAAAAAGUUGAUUUGUCCGCAAACAGGUUUGAUGGAGAAAUCUCAUCUUCUCUUUUGGGACUGAAUUCCCUUGAAUCUUUGCAGCUGCAAGAUAACAAUCUUGUUGGUUCAAUACUGGGUUUCAACCAGUCGAGGUUGAGAGAAUUCAAUGUUUCUUAUAACAAUCUCUCAGGGAAAAUACCAGAAACUGGAAUUCUUCAAUCAUUUAGCCAUUCUUCAUUUGUUGGUAACCAAGAUUUGUGUGGUGCACCUACUCCAACAGCCUGCAGUAGCAGCUUAAAUGAUUCAUCUAAUCCGUCAAAUAGUGAUAAAAAGAAUCAUACUUUCUCAGCCACUUUAGUGAUGGUAAAUGUGAUUGUUCUUGUUGUACUUUUGAUAUUCUUCAUUAUUUACUACAAAUAUAAGAAGCUCAAAAAACAGAUGAAGAGAAGGAACUCAGUCGAAGUUGUUGAAGAAAAAAGAGAAGUGAUUACAAAUAACUCCAUGGAAAACAGUGUUCCUAGAGGAGAAGAAGACAAAGGGAAGCUUAUGUUCUUAGAUAAAAAGGGGACACAUUUCGAGCUUGAUGAUCUUCUAAAAGCAUCUGCGGAAGGUUUAGGCAAUGGAAAUUUUGGAAACUGCUAUAAGGUUAUGCUCGAAACUGGACCAGCUGUUGUUGUGAAGCGCCUAACGGAUUUGAAACCUCUAAGCAGUGAUGAAUUUGUGAAAUAUGUACACGCCAUUGCCGAUAAGAAACACCCCAACUUGUUUCCUCCUCUUGCCUACUACUACUCCAAAGAUGAGAAGCUGUUACUUUAUAAAUAUGCAUCCAAUGGAAACUUAUAUAACCGCAUUCAUGGAGGAAGAGGAACCCCGAAUAGAGUACUAUUCCGGUGGAGCACAAGAUUGUCCAUUGCUCGUGCUUUGGAAUAUCUACACUUGGCCAUAAGAUCACAAACCAUUGCUCCACAUGGAAAUCUCAAAUCAUCCAACGUUCUUCUUGAUGAAAAUGAUGAAGUUUUAGUCUCAGAUUAUGGCCUAAUAUCACUCAUAGCACUUCCUAUAGCAACUCAACGCAUGGUUUCCUAUAAAUCACCAGAAUAUCAAGGCUACAAGAGAGUAUCAAAAAAGUCUGAUGUAUGGAGCUAUGGCUGCCUCCUUCUGGAACUGUUGACCGGUCGAAUCCCGACCCAAUCGGCCCCACAAGAGGCCAAUGGAGCAGACCUCUGCAGUUGGGUUAACCGUGCAGUUAGAGAGGAAUGGACAGCUGAGAUAUUUGACGUUGAAAUAGCUGCUCAGAGAAGUGCCAAUCAUGGAAUGCUCAGACUGAUGCAGAUUGCCAUGAAAUGCUGUGAAAAAUCGCCUGAAAAACGGCCCGACAUGGCUGAGGUUCUUAGAGAGGUUGAGGAUAUUAAGGUGAUCGUUGACUCAGAAGAUGAAGAUUUGUCUUUGGAUCAAUCUCUCUAA